GGUUGUAAACAAACAGCGGCGAGGCUCAUUAAAGGCCGCGCCAAUUAAAUGGCGGCAUAAUAAGCAAGCAGCAGGUUCAGGUAAACCUCAUGGACUCAAAAACUCUCUUUUCUGCGAUAGAGAAGAAGAUCAGGCGUCUCUGUCUGACCGACUUCCCCUGCGGGAAUGGCCCCUGGAGACGGACCAAAAAUGGUCCAGACGAAGCGGAAACAGAGUCCCCGGAUGUCCUGCUGGACCUGCUGAGGUACCCUCGGUCCCCCUGGAUGUACAGCGACUCCUGGAGCCCUCAGGCUGCAGAGCUCAGAGAGCUGGCCGUGACGGAACCCAAGCGCCUCAGACGGGAUUUCAUCCUGAGAUACUUCAAAACGAUACGAAUCACUGGCAAAAAUGUCUCGUGUAUUGACGAAGGCUUGUUGAAGUUCUCGAAGCUGGAGGAGCUCGUCCUGAGCGGCAACCUGAUCUCAGAAAUCCCUGCCAAGCAUCUUCCCAGCACGCUGAAGAUUCUGGAGUUGCGUGCAAAUCGAUUGUCUUCGCUGAGAGGCCUCGCAAGCUCCCCGCCUCCUCAGCUGCAGUACCUGGGCCUCGGAUCAAACGGCCUGGGUUCCCAUCAAGACAUCUGCGAUCUUACAGGAAGACAAUGGCCCCGUCUGGCGUGUUUGGACCUCAGCAACUGUUACUUCCAAGAGCAGAAAUUUCUGGUGUCCGCCUUGGAAACUCUGCCUUGCCUCAAGACCCUGACGCUUAAGGGCAACCCCUUCACAAUGGCGCCAUCGUAUCCAGGUUUCACCGUGGACAGCCUCCCGGAGCUCAGCUGCUUGGACUCCUCUUGGCUCACCACAGAGGACAGGUAUAAUUUCUUCGGACUGGCCAGGAUGAAAGAGAUGGUGGAGGACGUGGCAUCAGUCACGCUGAGUCUGACCAGGCUGAGGGGAAUACCAGACCCACUGAUGCACGUGGAUAAAAAGGCUGCUGAGUUUCCGAUCGUCAUCUACAAAUACUUCAUCUCUUACCAGUUCUUUAAGCAUCCUAUGCUUGAUAAUCAGGGAGAAGUCGGUGAAUCUAAACCGGACACGUCAAAGGACGACUCUGUCCGUCCACGCCGAGGAUCAGUUAAAAACACUGGGAAAAAAGUGUCCACUGCCGUCCCCGCAGUCAAUGCUGAUGAAACUGAACUGCCGCUCCACGCAACACCAAAACUGUCAUGGUCCGAGUGCGCGGACUUGAACUAUACACUGACAUACAGCGUCAGCUGCCUGGGAGCCCUGAAGAGGUUCUUUAUUCGUGGACUUCGUCUCGACCUAAUGGAGGAAAAGACUCUGUUGUGGCCUGCGCCCUCUGAAGAAGCCCACCAGGUCAAAGCCAGCCCACCGAAAGGGAAGAAAGGCAAGAAGGAGCAGAAAGUUAAAACGCCUCCCAAAAAGAAAAAAGGUCCUCCAGAACUGGUCCGCGAUCCACCUAUCAGAAAACUACUCAACUCAGUUCACAUCCCCAUGCAAAGCCUGGUCAGUGGAGGUCAAAGGGUCAAGACUGUCUGCAACUUUGGCCCGCUUCAUGUAGAGCCUCCAGCAAAACAGGAGGAGGAAACUGAGAAGAAAACGAAAGGAGACAAGAAAAAGGACAAGAAAAAGGACGACAAGGAAGCAAAGCAGAAACAAAGUAAAAGUUUCGAACGUCAGAAAACUCCAAAAGGAAAGGGGAAAGACGCAAAGAAACGUGACAUGGACGAGCGCACAGUCCUGCCCACCCCGGUCCCAGUGGUACCGGUGACUGUGGAGCUGAGUGUGGAGCUGGAGAAAUGGAAGACGGUGUCCGACGCGCUUUGUGGCGUCAUGCCUGCAGAAAACGCCUAAAUCACAGAGCUGAGGUGGACAUGAAAGUAUUCAUAAAAAUAUAUAUAAAUGCGUUCUUCAUGCCAUGAGAAUUAUAUUUCAGUGGUAUGAAAUUAAAUGCACAGCUGACCAAUUUA